GGCCGGACAGCAUUCAUUCUGUAGUGCAUGCAUGUCUGAAGUGUGCAUGUCUUUCCAAGAGGUAUACAGGCGCACGCCCACGCAGCCAUCCCGUCUCCUUCCACUGGCACCCACAUCAUGCAGCAAGCAGCCCGUCCAACACUCUCACUCCCCCCUCAGUCAUCGAAUCGUGCGGUGAUUUGGAGCGUCUGCCGCACCCCCUGCACAUUGGUCAGCAGCGCCUGCAGGUCCUCCUCGAUGUCACCACCACCACCACCAUAACCCCUCAACAGCGGCUGCUGAUGCUGAUGCUGCUGCUGCUGCACACCCGGCCCCCGAGAAGACACCGUCACGCCUGCCAUGUGCAGCGCCUUGCCGCGCCCCACACCCACACCCACACUCUUCCCUUUGGUGGGACUUCCCCGUACCAAGCCUCUCCCACCAGCACCGCCGGCGGCAGACACGGCACUCUUCACCGACGGCGGCCGACUCCCCUUCGGGCGGACAGCUAUUUGUGAAGUGCCGCCGAUGACUUUCCGGCCAGUGAGGGACUGCUGCGACGUCUGCUGCGCCUUGGGGCGUGCUACUGUGGGCGACGGGGGGUGCGUGGCGCUGCCCGCUCUGGAUGAGGGUCGUGAGAUGGAGUUGGCUGCAGAUGGGUUGAGUGAGGGAAGCGGGCGCGGCUGCAUGGGCAGCUCGUCUGACGGCCGACAGAUGGGCGAGGGCGGCGGCUGGUGCUGCUGCUCCUCCUCCUCCUGGCCCCCUUCUGGAUGAUGGUUGUCGAGACACAGCGUCGCAUAUGCCCGGCCGUGGAAGAGGAUAGGCUCGGGCCCUUCCGCAGCCACAUGCUGUUGACCCUCGAUGAUGAGCUCCUCUGAUCCCCCUCCCUCUCCCUCCGCAGCAUGCCCCUCUUCAAUGGCCGGGUUGAUCUCGAUUGAGUCCCCUCCUGCAGCAGGUGGGUCGUCCAUGAGUGAGCACGACAGCGCACCGCCGGUGCCGUCAUCGAGUUCGAGUGGCGCGCCGAAAUGAGGGGUGGGGGCGUGGGGAGGGGGGUCGAGGGGUGGCUCGGUGUAGGCAGGUUCCUCUGGUGUCUGUGUGUGCUGUCUUGUGGCCUGCAGCGCCGCCUGGAGGGUGGUGGCGAGCUCGCGCUGCGUGUCGAUGGUCCUGGCUUGGGUGAAGACGGUCUCAGACAACUGAACACAUCGAGGGUAGCAUUGCACAACAAUGCCACACACAACAGACACAGGGGAGUGAGCGAGUUGGUGCACGCGUCAGGCUGUCUGCUGGUGGGGUGGUGUGGGUGGGAUUCCCACCUCGUCUAUGCGAGCGGCUUGUGUGGCCCGCUCAGCUUCCAGCGUGGCCUGAAAGGGAGACGACGGACGCCUUCCUUGGCUGGCACUCUGUGUGUGUGUGUGUGUGUUGCCUGCCUGCAGUUGUUCGAUCUUCUGGGUGGCUUCCUGCUGCAGCUGCCUUGCCUGCCGCUCGGCAUCUCUGAGCUGCUUGACGCGCGAACGCUCGUUGGCCUCUGCUCGAUGCAGCCUGGCCUGCACACGCAUCCACCCAACAGACAGACACAGAGAGAGAUGAACACACACACGCAUGAAGACGCAUGAGGGCUGUGAGUGCGUGCCUGGAGGUCCCGUAUGCGGGCGUUGAGUUUGUCCUGGAUGGAUGUGCGCUCUGUGAGCUGUGCGGCCAUACUCCGCAGCUCCCUCUGCAGGGAGGUGUUGGUGCUCACGGCAUCGGUCUUCUGACGCUGGAGCUCACGCACCUGACGGACCAAUCCGUCCGUCCAUCCAUCCAUCCAUCCACACACACAGAGAAAGCGAGAGGGAUGUGUGCAGAGAGAGAGAAUGAGAGCUAUGCAGGGAUUCGGAUUCUUACCUUGGUCUGCAGCUGUGUGGCCGACUUCUCCGUCUGUUUAAGGCGUUCCGCAAUGUCGACCCGCAGCUUCUGUUUCUCGCCCUGGCUGGCCUCGAGCUGCCGACGCACAUCCGACAGAUCCUCCUCAAACCUAAUGAGCGAGCGCAUUGGUCGAAGGCAAUACAACCACACUCGCAGACACGGUCGGCUCACGAAACAAGUGCCAGCUUGCUGACUUUUUGCGUGCCUCGUCGGCCUGGUUCUUCUGGUUGGUCAUUUCCUGGGCCUCGGCCGUCUUGGCGGCGAUGGCCUCCCUCGCCGAUGACACCUCUGCCUCUAGCCGAUCCUGGAUGGAUAAAGGUGAAGUGAUGGUUAGCUAGCACGGGCUACGACUGUGAGGAUGGAUGUGCAGUGCGUGCCUUCAUUUGGGUGAACUGGCUGUGUAUCUGGGACCGGAGCUCCUCCAGCUGUUUCUUCAGGGUCUCGGAGUCGGCAUGGCGGACUUUAUCUGAUAUGGUGUGAGUGAUUGUUAAGAGGCAGUCACACCACCAGUCGUCAAGAGGUUUCCUUGUCUCUGUGUGGUGUGCGUGUGUGCGUCUGGAUUCCCUAACCUGCGUCAUCGGUUAGGUGGCAGAGCUGCUGCUCCAGGCUGCGGCAGCGCUCCUCCAACUCUGAAACACACACAUGACAUCAAAGCUUGUUGCUCAGGGAAGGACUCGAUCCGUGUCUGUCUGUCUGUCUGUCUGUCUGUCAGUACCUACCUUUGCACCUCCGGCCCCUCUCCUCGGAUAUCUGAGCAGCCGCCUGGAGGGACGUCAGCGCCUGGACGAAAAGGCAAAUCAAGGGAAUGCCAUCAAUGGCUGGCCUCUUGUUGCGUACCUGCAAGAGCUUCUGCGUCUGCUCCUCCAGCGACCCAUCCCCAUCCCCACCGCCACCAGCACCAGCACCAGCACUCCUGCAUCAAACAACAUGAAAGUGCUUUACUGGCAGGUGAUAGAUGUACUGUGGUUGUGUUGUGCCCACCCUUUAUCGUCAGUGGUCUGGCCCUGCGAUGGCUCGAGUGACCAGAUGUUGAGCAGGUGCUGCAGCCCACUGAGGAUCUCCUUCACCCACUGAUCGACAGAGCUCCCCAGCGGCGUGUCGGGUGGCGCGGCGCUCUGCAGCCUCCGGAACUGGGAGGCCAGCCGGCGGACCGAUGUCUGCAGACUCUUGCUCCUACACACACAUAUGCCGACACACAACGGCUGCCUGAAGUGUGUGUCGUCUGUUGGUGCGUUUGGUGUUACUUGACGGCGAGCUCCUGUUCCAUCUGGGCAAGGGAGUCGCGGAGGCUGACAUCAGUAAGACACACGCAGAGAGAGGGAGAGGGAGAAAGUGACACAGUGCCCGCAGCCUGCGUUGCGUUGGGUGACUCACCAGUCGAGUGAGUGUCCGGUGGAGUUGCGCUGCUCCUCGCUGGCCGCCUGGUGCUCAUCCAAAGCCCUAUAGACACUCACACAGAGAGAGAUGCAUCUAUGUCUGUUCGAAUGCCGACAUUCUCUCUCAUUGUCUGCCGUACUUCUGCAGACGUUCGUUGUCUUGUUUGAGCUGGGCGGCGUCCAUCUCGGCCUUGUCGCGGUCACCCAGCAACCGCUGCAACUCUACCUAUGGGUGGGUGCAUCAACCACACAGAACACUGAAGCGUUAUCUGCCUCAUCCACUCACUCACUCAGGCCAUCUCACACCUUGGUCUCGUUGAGCGCGUUGGUCGCCUCACCUGCGGCCGUCCGAUGCCGCUCUGAUGGCCAGAAAUGGAGUCCGUCCGUCAAUCACACCGAAUCGAUCCAUUUCGUCCACCGUCAUGCAUGUCACCUUAUGUGUGCUUUGGUUUGCGUUGCCUUGCCCACCUGCUUCCUUUGCGUUGUCAUCGGCACGGCAGCGGGCGGUCUCCAAGGCCUCGCGAGCACUGAUUGACGGAUGAGUGAUGCAUACCACCAAAAAAAGCAAAGGACAACCAGCGCCACCACUACAUGCAUCCCUUCCAACACAUUUUGCUGACCCUUCGCCCACCCACCUCACCUCCUGAGUUCCUGCGUCACCGACUGCAGGGCGUUGAUGGUGUCCAUGCUGUAGACCAGCUGAUGAUGCCGCGACGAUUUGGUCCCGCCGUGCAGCGCAGAGGACGAUGAAACAGAUGACGACAGCGGGCUGUUUGGCUGAGGGAGGCUUCUAUCGCCAGUUGGCGGGCUCAGCCGAGCGCCUGCUGCUGCCGAUGGUGCUGGUGCCGCAGAUGCAUCGGCGAUGAAUCCUCGACGGCCGAAGUGGGGAGUGGUGUUGUGCGAUUGGGGUGGGCUCCUGCUCUUGUCCGAUAAGGCUACGAUAGACAUCAU